GAUUAGGUGGUUCCAUACAUACGUAGUUUUUGCUUAGAUUACGUUCAUUUCCUGAAAUAUCAAUACAAACUUCGAAUAGUUACCUAUAGUUUUCUAAAUGACAAAACAAUUGAAACUCUUUGGCUCAAUUCGUAAACAGCCGCGUACGUGUCAUUCAGCGCAACAAUGUCACCUCAAAGAUCUUCAAUAAAAUAAAAGCUUUAUAACCUUUUGAAGAAGGUUUUAUUUGAUUGUAUCUUUAUUAGGUGACAGCGCUGCGCUCGACGACGAGUUCGAGGUUGUUUUUAUAACAGAAUAAAAAAAUCACCGGAGAAGAUAACGUCAAGCAAAUCGCUAAUAGUAUUAGAGUACAUACAAAAAUGUCACGUGCAUGUAUCUAAAAAAAAUAUCUUUUUAUUCGUACUUCAUUGUCGUAGUAGUUUCUCAUGGUGGAAUAUGAUCUUCAGUGCUACCGGUGGACUUUCUUAGCAGUCAGUGGGUGGAGAAAAGCGCCUGCUACUUGCCAACGUACGUGCCGCUAUUGUCUGGCAUCUUCGGCCUCGUGUGGACCACGAUGUUUCUCAUGUGCUCCACCGGCACACGGACGCAUACUGGUCUACAGAGGCCAUGGCGAGUUCUACCACCUGUCUUCAUAUUCUCCUUGGUAAUGGGUAGCCUUUGCAUCUACUCUUCGACGGUCACUCACUACGGACUUAAUGAGUUGUGCUUAAAGUUAGGGGAAAUCACUGGCAGUACCACCUGCUCAUACACAGUAAACGUAGCAACACUAGCUUACGAGCGACGCAUCCGUGGUGUCUACCAAGCCAUCCGUUUGACAAUUAUAUCGGCAUGGCUUCAUACCAUGUGCUGGCUCCUGUCGGCCGCUCUGGUUUUGGUCAGAGUAGCGCUCGCAGUGGACUUUCAACUGGUGUGCAUCAACGUUUCCCUAGUCGGAGACAUCGACAAAAUACUGGUUCGUAUUGACUUAACAUAAAAUCGAUAUAGAACAACAUAAUAUUUCAAUAUAGUAGUCAGACAGUCGUUCAAAUAUUUUC